CGUCACGGGCGCGAGAGUCAGCUGAGCUGCCUGGGCGAGGUUGUGAUCACCUAGGAUCUGCUAAGGGGAGUGUAUAAUCUCUUGGGACUAGAGCUGGGGUGCAAAACUGCGCCAGAUUCUAGUGGGGGCUCCUCAGUCUUCUCGUCCUAAACAGUGAAAUAAAAAAGGGCCUCAGAAUUUUUAAAAGGUUCCCCGGAUCUGUCAGACGCUGGGGAGUCACAGCUUGCAAAGCCAGGACGACAGAGGUCCCAGUUGUGACCCCCAGACCUAAGGACCUGGGAGUGGAGGAAGGGAAACUCUGGCUCGAAUACUAUGGCGUCCAUCCUGGAUGAGUAUGAGGACUCACUGUCCCGCUCGGCCGUCUUGCAGACUGGUUGCCCUACUGUGGGCAUCCCCCAUUCUGGGUACGUAAACGCGCAGCUGGAGAAGGAAGCGCCCAUCUUCACGAAGCAGCGCAUCGACUUCACUCCAGCAGAGCGCAUCACCAGCCUUGUGGUCUCCUGUAAUCAGCUCUGCAUGAGCCUGGGCAAGGAUACGCUGCUCCGCAUUGACCUGGGCAAGGCAAGUGAACCCAACCGUGUGGAACUGGGGCGCAAGGAUGAUGCCAAAGUUCACAAGAUGUUCCUGGAUCACACUGGCUCUCACCUGCUGGUUGCUCUGAGCAGCACUGAGGUCCUCUAUAUGAACCGGAAUGGGCAGAAGGUCCGGCCAUUGGCACGCUGGAAGGGGCAGUUGGUGGAGAGUGUAGGCUGGAACAAAGCCCUGGGCAACGAGAACAGCACUGGGCCCAUCCUGGUCGGCACAGCCCAAGGACAGAUCUUUGAAGCAGAGCUCUCUGCCAGCGAAGGUGGCCUUUUUGGCCCCGCCCCGGAUCUCUACUUCCGGCCGCUGUAUGUGUUAAAUGAAGAAGGGGGUCCCGCACCCGUGUGCUCCCUUGAGGCUGAGCGCGGCCCUGAUGGGCGAGGCUUUGUCAUCGCCACCACUCGGCAGCGCCUCUUCCAGUUCAUAAGCCGCGCGGUAGACGAUGCUGAAGCCCAGGGCUUCUCAGGCCUCUUUGCUGCCUAUACGGACCACCCGCCCCCAUUCCGUGAGUUUCCUAGCAAUUUGGGGUAUAGUGAGUUGGCUUUCUAUACCCCCAAGUUACGCUCUGCGCCUCGUGCCUUCGCCUGGAUGAUGGGAGACGGUGUGCUGUAUGGCUCCCUGGACUGCGGACGUCCUGAUUCGCUGCUGAGCGAGGAGCGCGUGUGGGAAUAUCCAGCGGGGGUCGGGCCUGGGGCCAGUCCACCCCUAGCCAUCGUCUUGACCCAGUUUCAUUUUCUGCUGCUGCUGGCAGACCGGGUGGAGGCUGUGUGUACCCUGACAGGGCAGGUGGUACUUCGGGAUCACUUCCUGGAGAAGUUUGGACCACUGAGGCACAUGGUGAAGGACUCGUCCACAGGUCACCUCUGGGCCUACACUGAGCGUGCGGUCUUCCGGUACCACGUGCAGCGCGAAGCCCGGGAUGUCUGGCGCACGUACCUGGACAUGAACCGUUUUGACCUGGCCAAAGAGUAUUGUCGAGAGCGGCCAGACUGCCUGGACACAGUCCUGGCCCGAGAGGCCGAUUUCUGCUUCCGCCAGCACCGCUACCUGGAGAGCGCCCGCUGUUAUGCUCUGACCCAGAGCUACUUCGAGGAGAUUGCCCUCAAAUUUUUGGAGGCCCGGCAAGAAGAGGCACUGGCCGAGUUUCUACAGCGGAAACUGGCCGGCUUGAAGCCAACGGAGCGUACCCAGGCCACACUGCUAACCACUUGGCUGACGGAGCUCUACCUGAGCCGGCUUGGUGCCCUGCAGGGUGACCCGGAUGCUCUGAAUCUCUACCGGGAUACCCGGGAAUGCUUCCGCACCUUUCUCAGUAGCCCUCGGCACAAGGAGUGGCUCUUUGCCAGCCGGGCCUCUAUCCACGAGCUGCUCGCCAGUCAUGGGGACACAGAGCAUAUGGUGUACUUCGCGGUGAUCAUGCAGGACUAUGAACGGGUGGUGGCCUACCACUGCCAGCACGAGGCCUAUGAGGAGGCCCUGGCUGUCCUUGCCGGCCACCGGGACCCCCAGCUCUUCUACAAAUUCUCACCCAUCCUCAUCCGACAUAUCCCCCGCCAGCUAGUGGAUGCCUGGAUUGAGAUGGGCAGCCGCCUGGACGCCCGGCAGCUCAUCCCUGCCCUGGUGAACUAUAGCCAGGGUGGAGAGGCUCAGCAGGUGAGCCAGGCCAUCCGCUAUAUGGAAUUCUGCGUGAAUGUCCUCGGGGAGACUGAGCAAGCCAUUCACAACUACCUGCUGUCGCUGUAUGCCCGUGGCCAGCCAGCCUCGCUGCUGGCCUACCUGGAGCAAGCUGGGGCCAGCCCGCACCGUGUGCAUUAUGACCUCAAGUACGCACUCCGACUCUGUGCCGAGCAUGGUCACCACCGCGCUUGUGUUCACGUCUAUAAGGUGCUGGAGCUGUAUGAAGAAGCUGUGGACCUGGCCCUGCAGGUGGAUGUGGACCUGGCCAAGCAGUGUGCAGACCUGCCCGAGGAGGACGAGGAGCUGCGCAAGAAGCUGUGGCUGAAGAUCGCUCGGCACGUGGUGCAGGAGGAGGAGGAUGUGCAGACAGCCAUGGCCUGCUUGGCCAGCUGCCCCCUGCUCAAGAUCGAGGACGUGCUGCCCUUCUUCCCCGACUUCGUCACCAUCGACCACUUCAAGGAGGCCAUCUGUAGCUCCCUGAAGGCCUACAACCACCACAUCCAGGAGCUGCAGCGGGAGAUGGAGGAGGCCACGGCCAGUGCCCAGCGGAUCCGCCGAGACUUACAGGAGCUGCGGGGACGCUAUGGCACUGUGGAGCCUCAGGACAAGUGCUCCACCUGUGACUUCCCUCUGCUCAACCGACCCUUUUACUUGUUCCUCUGUGGCCACAUGUUCCAUGCCGACUGUCUCCUGCAGGCCGUGAGGCCCGGCCUGCCUGCCUAUAAGCAGGCCAAGCUUGAGGAGCUGCAGCGCAAGCUUGGGGCUGCCCCUCCUCCCACCAAAGGCUCGGCCAAGGCCAAAGAGGCCGAAGCUGGGGCUUCAGCUGGGGGUCCCAGCCGGGAGCAGCUCAAGGCUGACCUGGACGAACUGGUGGCUGCAGAGUGUGUGUACUGUGGGGAGCUGAUGAUUCGCUCCAUUGACCGGCCCUUCAUUGACCCCCAGCACUAUGAGGAGGAACACCGCAGCUGGCUGUAGGGAGGGGUCCCCUUGUGGGAGGACAGGCAGGGAUGCAGCUACCAGACCCUCCGGAGAAGGCCUUACUCUGGCUGGUGUUCAGUCCUUGAGACUGCAGGGCCUGUGAUUGUGGGCAUGUGGGAUCCAGGCUGCUGCCCUGAGGUUUCAGACCUGCCUUAGAGUGGUUCCUCCCCCAGGCAGCCCAUGAGCCCUGGAGAGGUCACAUGAUCUGUCUAGCCCCCUGUAUCUGACAGCCCCUUGGUUCCUGCUCCACCCUGACGUGUUCACCUGGACUGAGCAGCCCGCUUUUCUGUGCCACUCUGGCCUCUGGGCCUCCAGCCCUCCCUCUUCUGUCUGAACCAGGCUUCCCCAGGCACUGUGGAGGUGGCACUGAGGCCAGGCAUGCUCGUGUGGGCACGUGCAGAUACUGGUGUGACUGGGAGGGAUUGGGGCUCCGCUGUGGGGUUGUCCCGAGCCUGAAGGCAAACCCAGGACCAGCGGACGUGGUACCAAGUGGAGAGCAUUAAAUCGUCUGCUCUAAGUGGUGGCUCUGGACUCCAUGGCUUCGUGUUGAUGCCAGGAGGGGCUGGGGUGCCACAAGAGGGCCUCCUGCAAUAAGUGUGGUGGUGCACACCUUUAAUCCCAACCCUCCGGAGGCAGAAACAGGAGGAUCUCUGUGCAGUCAAGACCAGUGUGGUCUAUACAAUGAGUUCUAGGCCAGCCAAGGCUAUAGUAGUAUGACCCCGUCCCAAAUAAAAUUUUAAAAAAAGGACCUCCCCCGCUAGUCUUAUCUUCGCAUGUGGUCUUUCACUGGGGUGAGACGUGACAGUCUUUCCAGAUUUUACUUGCUUCCUUGUUUCCCUCUAUCCUCUGACUAUAAGGUUCAGGGAGAGUUUACGUCUUAAGUCAUAGAGCUAUUCUUCAUUUGGCCAGCAGGUGGCGCUGCUGCUCGCAGAAUUCACCCAACGCCGGCCCAUUGGGACAUUGACUUCUCCCAUCAGUCAUAUUAAUGCUUCCUCGGCUGUUCCCUUCCUAGUUGUAAGAAUCUUCUAGAAGUCCCCGCUGCCCGAGCAUGAUUCUCUGCCCUGAAUUAUUUUUCUGUGUUUUUUAAUAGCAUAUGUUAUAUAAUAUGGGUUCCUUGGGUCACAGUCACCUCCUCUCCCGUUGCUUUCUCUAAUCCCCCCACUCCCACUGAUCCCUUCCUCUUCCCCACUAGUCCUCCCCUCUUCUACCCUGUGUCUAUGUUUGUGGGCAGGCACGCAUACGUGUGGCUGUAGUGACAGCCUGUGUCCCCCUGUAUUCGUUAGGGAUGGUUACAGGAACACAGGCACCGAACCAGUGUUUGCAACACUACAGAGAAUGAGACAGUGCCUCCUCCCCCGUCAGUCCUUGUCGCCUGUUCUAGACAGGAUUUCACCUAUAGCCCUGGCUUCCCUGGAACUCACUCUGUAGACCAGGCUGGCCUCAAACUCAGCGAGAUGCACCUGCCUCUGCCCCCUGGGAUUAAAGGUGUGCGCUACCACCUCCCGGCUCCUGUGCUGAUCUUGUGUGGGUGUGAGGUCAGCGGUCACAGCAGCUGUGUGGCGCCCAGAGGUAGUGUUCUGCACCACCCCUUCCUCCUGCUCUUCCUUCUGCCUCUACGGCAGUGUUCCCUGAUCCUUGGACGGGGUGUAGCCUGUAGCUGGCUCAUACACGGCCUUAAGUCCCCAUUCUCUCCAGUGACUCUUACACAUUCUGUAUUUUGUUUACUACUCUGACAGAUUGGAGCUCUGCCAGCCUGGGCAUGGCUUUGCUAUCUAUAGCCACUAUCAGGCUCCGUGGCAUUUGAUCUCUCCUUAUCUUGCUCCUGUGACUGUCUUUACUCAGCUCCAGACAGCACCUUCUAAGCUGGGGCCCGAAGCUGUGUCCUAGGAUGUUCUGGAGUUAGGCCUUCUGGAGACAGCCUUUGCCCCCUGCACAGGUGUUCAUGGAGCAUUGUCUGGCUUGAUGAACAGUAGUGUUCCUGUCCCUGACCCCUAGAACAACAGGGCCUCCUCUGGCCUCUGCCAGCCCAGUGACUUCCAAGGAUCCUGUCUUCCAGAAGCAAGGGUAGGGGCUUGGCAGAGGGCAUCCUAGUCCUAUUGGUCUCCUCUUCGAGGAGAACCUGGGAGAAUUCUAUCUCUUUCCCAUGCGGCCUAGGCGCCUUCACACUUAGAUAAAACAGGAGACAGC